AUGGAUGAUGAUAAACUUGUGAUGUUUGACGCCAAUGGCGCCAUACGCAUGUACGACCCGGAGAAAUUCGACCAACUAGUGAAGACGAUCGAAGUCGAAAAACGCUUUACCACACGUAUGGACGAGUUCAAGAACAUCGUCAAUCAGACUAUGUCGAUUGUUGAGCAACUGGGAAAGGCCAUUGAAGAGGAAAAAUUGAAAGCGAUUGGAUCUCGCAACAUCGUAGAAAGCGAAGCAGAGGAGCGCUUUCGCACUGUACAGGAGGCGCAAGUAAGGCUCCGUGAAAAGCAAGCGGAACUCGACCGUUAUAUUGCAGAAUAUGAUUCAUUGAAGAAAGUGGAACAAGAACAGGAGAUGUACAUCAAGCACCUGAGUCACGCCUCGCGUGAGUAG